AAACAGGUGGCCCGAGGCUGGGUGAGUCAUUGUGACUCAUCCUCCUCUCUGGGGACAGUGACCCCGUCCCCUGGUCCCCCAUCUCAGCCCUGGGCUGGGCCUCUAAUCUCCUGUGCUGCUCUCAGUGGGCCCCAGACUCACCCCCUCCCCACCUCUGUCCCUCUCCUGCAGGAGGACACAGCCACAGCCCUCCAACGGCUCGUGGAGCUGACGGCCACCAGGGUGACCCCAGUGAGAAAUCUGCGUCUCCAGUAUCGCCUCAUCCGAGAGCUCGGCUCUGGCUCCUAUGGCCGCGUGCUCCUUGCCCGGCCUCGCCAAGGGGGUCCAGCUGUGGCUCUGAAGCUCCUGCCUCGGGACUCGGUCCUGAGAACUACCUUCCUAAGAGAGUUCUGUGUGGGCCGCUGCGUCUCGGCACACCCAGGCCUGCUCCAGACCCUGGCGGGACCCCUGCAGACCCCCCGACACUUUGUCUUUGCUCAGGAGUUUGCACCCUUUGGGGAUCUCAGCGGGAUGCUGCAGGAACGGGGCCUCCCAGAGCUGCUGGUGAAGCGGGUGGUGGCCCAGCUGGCCGGAGCCCUGGACUUCCUCCACGGCCGGGGGCUGGUCCACGCAGACGUCAAGCCAGACAACGUGCUGGUCUUUGACCCUGUCUGCAGCCGUGUGGCCCUCGGUGACCUGGGUCUGACUCGGCCUGAGGGCAGUCCAACCCCUGCCCCCCCAGGGCCUCUGCCCUCUGCUCCACCUGAGCUCUGCCUCCUGCUGCCACCAGACACCCUGCCCCUGCGACCAGCAGUGGACUCCUGGGGCCUGGGAGUGCUUCUCUUCUGUGCUGCCACUGCCUGCUUCCCUUGGGAAGUGGCACUGGCCCCUGACCCCGAGUUCGAGGCCUUUGCUGGCUGGAUGACCAGCAGGCCCCAGCCAGCUCAACCACCACCCCCUUGGGACCAGUUUGCAUCCCCAGCUCUGGCAUUGCUUCAGGGGCUUCUGGACCUGGAUCCUGAGACUAGGAGCCCCCCACUGGCUGUCCUGGACUUCUUGGGGGAUGAUUGGGGGUUGGAGAGGAACAGAGAGGGACCUGGGGGCUUGGGGAGUAUGUCCAGUGAGAAUGGGGAGGAGGAAGAGGAGGGGGCAGCAAGCCUGGAGGAGUGGACAGAGGAGGAGGAGGAGGACGACGACAAAGGUGGCAGGAUGAUGGGGACAGAUGGGGGAGCUCCCUGACCAGGUGGCUGAGACAGGUGGCCAGAGCCUCGGCCAAAGUCCCCUCCCCCAGCCCCAUGGCCACCUGGAUAGGAAGACAGCUGCUCCCAAGAGGACAGAAAUGGAACACAUUGCAUCUCUCCCUACUGAAGGCUGGACUGGGAUACACAAUUCCCCUCUUGACUGAGGACCCCGGAGUCCCAGACCCCCUGCCCCUCCCCAGUCAAACCCAGGGGUCUUAGUCCCCUCCUCCCUCAAGAACCUUUCCUCUUCCUUCUGCCCAGAAUGUGUCUUCUUGAGUGAAGGCGCUGUUCCCCCUACAGAUGCAUUUCCGCACUGCGGGAACAUGUUGAGUGCUCAUCAUGGAGUUCUGAUAGAGUCACCCCUCUCUUCCAAGACCUUGGACGACUCCCGCUGUCCGUAGCACCAAAUUUGGGCUUUCAGGAUCCAACACUAUGGAAACCUUGCCCUCUGCCUCUCCCGUUUCCCUGGGCUCUGGAUGACUGGGGAGUCACUCAUCCUUUCUGGACCUAAAUUUACACACACAUGCACACACACACACACACGCACAUGUGCACACACAUACAUGCACACACAUGCACGUGCACACACAUACACAUGCACACACGCAUACAUGCACAUACACGCAUGUGCACUCUCCCACUUGCAGAUGUUUGCACAUCCUGUGUCGUCCCCUGAGCACACCUUCCUCACGGCUCCGUGCCUCCAGAAAUUGGCCCCGCCCCCACCCCCUCUCCCGCCGUGUCAGGAAUGCGUAUCUGAGUGAUCCGUGUCUCCAUCUUUUUUCCAUCUCCGCUCUCAGGCUGUCCAGACUGGACAUGGUCUUUCUCAUUUCCACAUGCUUUUAGGUUCUGCUCCCACAUGGCAGGCACCCUGUACCUACCCACUUGCUGAGAGCACAGAGCACACGGCGUGUGAUUGUCCCAGCUCCCUGUGCCCCUCAGACCCAUCUGUGCUGGGGGCCUCGGCUGAUUUGGAUGCAUCUCAUAUCGCCCUGUGCCACCGCCGUCACAGCACGGGUGCCCCUGACUUGUGGUGCUUCCUGCCUGUGGGACAGGGGCUGCGUGGGUCCCACAC